AUGAGUAUGAAGAAGCUAGAAGCUAUGGAAGAUGGAAUAAGAAACGAGAAUGUUAUAUCAAUCGAAAAGGAGAUCCUGUUGUUCAUAAAAGCCAAGUGGUGGGGGGUGAUGACAGCUAGCUUGAAGAAAAGAGAUGAAGAGAGGUUACAGAAGAGUGUUGAGAAAAUCGUGGACGAGCUGAAAGAAACAGUAAGUCAAGAAGAUGGUAAAGAUGAAAAGAAAGAUGAAGAAGUGAAGAAUGAAGACGCAGCUGAUGAUGGAAAUCAAGAAAAGACUGACGAGAAGCUGGAAAAGCCAGCAAAAGAAGCUGAUAAAGAGAAACAUGAGAAAGUUAAUGAAAAGUUGAUUGGUGAAGCUGAUGCUAGUGAAGCUAUUGCUGAGAAACAUCAGGAGCAGGAAGAGGAUCAGAAGCAGAUGGCAAAAGAAGCCGAGGUGCUAAAUACUGAGGCUUUAAAAGAUAACGAUGAAAAGCUAAUACAAAAAUGUAAGAUUUUAGAAAAAGAAAACGUCAUGGGUUAA